AAAAGAAAGGAAUACAAAAAAAGAGAAGCCUGCAGAUUCUCCCAUCUGUCCCAUGCCAGAUUUUGUGCCCCGCUCCACCAUCUUUGCUUUGCUUUGGCCUGCACCCAGUGUGGAUUCGCCGGAAAGUUGGAGUCUUGCUCUUGUUCUUGUCACCAAUACGCUACUAAUCUUAUCAAGUUCCCAGCUUUAUGUUUGACUUUGAUAUUCUUAUUCUUACGGAAAACUCUAGGUAGGGGGCUUGCUUCAUUUCUGCUAUGCUUAUUGGCCCAUUAGGAUUUGCCUCGUGAGUUUUGGAUCAAACAUAAUCUUUGCGCUUACUGUUUGCAGGAGUAUGGAUAACUUGUCCCAAAGUUAGCUGCAUCUCCUAGUUUGCAACGAUACGAGCGCAUUUGUUUACUUAGUGCAGCUAAGACUAAAAAAACAUGCCUUUCUUUCCGACCUGGUGGGGUCAUGCUUCGUUUUUAAUGCUAAUCAUUGCCAAGAUUUGUUGAUGGCAAAUUGGAUUCCACUAGGUGGGAAUUCUGACUCUACAAGUAAGAGGGUUGAACAAAUCAAUCACAAAUGGCAGUUUCACCUAUCACUGGAUGAAGACGGCACAGACAACUCUAGCUUGUUCAAGGAGAGGCUUACACAAGCUCUCAGGUACUUCAAGGAAUCCACAGAUCAACAUCUGUUGGUUCAAGUCUGGGCACCAGUUAAGAAUGGAGACCGUUAUGUGCUUACUACUUCAGGACAGCCAUUUGUGCUUGACCACCAGAGCAUCGGGCUACUCCAGUACAGGGCUGUAUCCAUGAUGUACAUGUUUUCAGUAGAUGGGGAAAAUGUUGGGGAGCUGGGGUUACCUGGCCGUGUCUACAAGCUAAAGGUGCCUGAAUGGACACCAAAUGUGCAGUAUUACAGCAGUACCGAGUAUCCACGGCUUAACCAUGCGAUCAGUUACAAUGUUCAUGGUACAGUUGCCCUGCCUGUUUUUGAUCCUUCUGCUCAGUCGUGUAUUGCUGUUGUUGAACUGAUAAUGACAUCAAAGAAGAUAAACUAUGCCUGUGAGGUCGAUAAAGUCUGCAAAGCACUUGAGGCAGUAAAUCUUAAAAGCACGGAAAUAUUGGACCAUCCAAAUGUCCAGAUAUGCAAUGAAGGCCGUCAGACUGCUCUGGUGGAAAUACUCGAGAUCUUGACUGUGGUAUGUGAAGAGCACAAGCUUCCUUUAGCACAAACUUGGGUUCCUUGCAAGUAUCGAAGCGUAUUGGCACAUGGUGGUGGUUUGAAGAAGAGUUGCCUAAGUUUUGAUGGAAGUUGCAUGGGGGAGGUCUGCAUGUCGACUAGUGAUGUGGCAUUUCAUGUGAUUGAUGCUCAUAUGUGGGGUUUUAGAGAUGCCUGUGUAGAGCAUCACCUACAGAGGGGGCAAGGGGUUUCUGGAAAGGCAUUUAUCACACGCAAACCUUGCUUUUCAAAAGACAUCAGGAAGUUCUGUAAGUUAAAGUAUCCCCUUGUACACUAUGCUCGUAUGUUUGGAUUGGCUGGCUGCUUUGCAAUAUGCUUGCAAAGUUCCUAUACUGGACAUGAUGACUACAUAUUAGAGUUCUUCCUGCCACCUGAUUGUGUCGACGAACAUGACCAAAAUGCCUUGUUGGAGUCUAUAUUCACUCUGAUGAAGCAGUGUCUUCGUAGCCUAAAGGUAGUCGGUGACAGAGACUCGAGUGGGGUUUCACUUCAACUUAGUAAUGUGCUAAAAAUCGAGAAUGAAGAAUUCAAGACAGAUGCUCAAUUUGAUAACUCUGAUGGCUCCCUUCAUGAUUCGCCCAAAGGUGAUACACAUGGAGGAGCCCACACGUCUGAUAAUGGGGACAACAAAGUUCCAAAUUUGCCAGAGGGACACUUGAUGGCUGAUGACUGCUCUCAAGACAAUGUCAUUUCCGCUGGCAGACCAAAUGGUAGCGGUGCUUCUGAUUCUUCAGUGCUUCACAAAACUAGCAAACCCCCUGAAAGAAGGCGUGGGAAGGCUGAAAAAACUAUAAGUUUAGAGGUUCUUCAGCAAUAUUUUUCUGGAAGCUUGAAAAACGCAGCCAAAAGCCUUGGUGUUUGUCCUACAACCAUGAAGCGCAUCUGCCGGCAACAUGGGAUUUCUCGUUGGCCAUCUCGAAAAAUUAAUAAGGUCAACCGGUCUCUCUCGAAAUUAAAGCAGGUAAUCGAGUCCGUUCAAGGCUCAGAUGCUGCAUUUAAUCUCACAUCUAUCACAGGUCCUCUUCCUAUUCCUGUUGGCCCUUCAUCAGAUUCUCUCAAUGUAGAGAAAGUAACUCGAAGUAAAGUUGCAGAACCUUCAAAUCUCGUUGUUGAUGGUGACAGAGAUUCAUCAUUACAAAAAUCACUUGAAAAUGAUGGCCAUUUUAGUAUACUCAUGGCCCAGCAAGGAUUUAUAGACAAUAACAAUGAUUCUCAGCUUGAAGCAGACAAAGCUUCUCACUCGAGAAGUUCAUCUGGAGAAGGCAGCAUAAAUUCACGUACUUCAGAAGGGUCAUGCCAGGGAAGUCCAGCAAACCGGACAUUUGUUUGCAAGCCAAUUGCUUCAACAUUUGCAGAACCUCAACUUAAUCCUGAAGAGUUUCACAAAGAGCAUUUUCAAGAACCACAGUUACCGCUUUCCAGGAUGCUGAUUGAGGAUUCUGGCAGCUCCAAAGAUUUGAAGAAUCUCUUCACUCCAGCAGCCGACCAACCUUUUUUGGCCCCUCCCAGUAAUUUGGUGUCAAUGAAGCAUUCAGGGACUGUAACAAUAAAGGCAAGUUUUAAGGAAGACAUUGUAAGAUUCCGGUUCCCAUGCUCAGGCAGUGUAACUGUAUUGAAAGAUGAAGUAGCAAAGAGGCUAAGAAUGGAUGCGGGCACGUUUGAUAUCAAGUAUCUCGACGAUGACCACGAGUGGGUGAAGCUAGCAUGCAAUGCAGACUUGGAAGAGUGCAUGGAGAUCUCACGUAAUUCGGGCAGCCAUGUCAUCAGGCUGUUGGUUAGCGAUAUUGCAGCACACCUUGGUAGUUCGUGUGGAAGCUCUGGUUGAUAUGCAUGCCAGCCUUUUGCUCUGUUCAAUGGGUACGAAAAAAUUCUUGUACCAUGAGUUCAGUUUCACCUGUUUGUAAUCUAGUUUUGUCACUAGGUAGCAUUAGCUGCUUCAUUGUGUCUGGUAAAUGUACCAUUGUUUUUUCCCUCCAACAAUACAUGUAAUUCUGCAGAACGCAAUUGUAGUCCAAUCUUGUACAUAUUAAGCACUUAGUGCUGGAAAUUCUGUCGUUAAGUUUAUAAACAAGAAUUGUUGUAAUUGUUCAUAAGGUCAAGGGAAGCAUUGUGUUUUCCCAUAA